AUGUUUUAUAUAGUUGUUUUGAGUUCUCAGCUGGUAUUCUAUUGCGGCGUCGAUACUCGUUUCUGCCAUCGUGCUAUGAAAAGAGUCAUUGUUGGAACUGGCUACCUCUUCUUAAGUUUGUUAGGAACAUGUCUAAAUCUCUCUACACUUAGCGUUCUGCCCGAAUGCGAAAAGUCUCUCACCCGCCCUUUGCUAAUAUUCUUUUCAACUCAAUUGUUUGUGGGCAUUGGAACAUUGCUUUCCAUAGCAGUUCCAGUCCCUUACAUGGUUGCCAAAAAUUUGCCGUAUUUUGUCGAUCCCCACUUCGCCGGUGCUCCUGGAUUGCUAGUGGUCCUCACGGUUCUCACGUCUUACCUCAUUCAAUUUUGCGUUUCCAUCUACCGUAAUAUAAGAGUAGUCUUUAGCAGACUGGCGUAAGU